AUGGUCAUAUAUCUUCAGAUGAUUGCCUGUGUUUCGGACAAGAAGGCGCUGGCCCUGCUGGUUGCGACCAACAUCUUUUACUUUUCGGCUUACAUUUUACGCGUACACCCAUUGCGUGUGUUGAUUAACGUUGCUACCUGCGCUAUUUGCCUGGGUGGCGUUUGUCAGAUGGUCUCGGGGCACACCCUGUGCGGCAACAGUGUUGAUGAAGAUGAACAUCGCGAGUUCAUAAAGUCGGAGUGCGUAUCAGGCGUCGUACAGUGCUUCCACAGUUGUCUCAACAAUUUCUGCAGGGAAAUUUAUUCUGUCGUUCUUUGGAAAUCACCCGUGAAGUCGGUGUAUUCCUUAGUCGCUCUUUAUAUUUUUGCCUUUUUCGCAAGGAUCUUAUCGCUUUCUGCGUUAUUUUUUGUUUCGAUAUGGUUGUUUUGCGGUUGGUUAGGCUUCAGGGAACAUUAUUACCGCAAUGUUCACCCACAGGUAAAGCCUGUGUACGAUCACGUGAGGGAGGUGGCUUUCGGCUUGUACUCCAGCAUUCCGAAAUUCAAUGAAUCACAGAAGUUGUAG